AUGAGUUUCGAGAAUGGUCGGAAGCAGUCCCUUGAGAUGAAGGAAGACAAGAACGCGCCCGUUGUCAGCGAGGCGGAUGCUGAGCUCGCUGAGGCGCUGAGGAACUACGUCCCCGGCACGCGAGAGGAGAAGCAGCUCGUGAGGAAGAUUGAUCUCUUUCUGAUGCCCAUGCUUUGGAUCAUGUACAUCUUGAACUACGUGGACCGCACCAACAUUGGAAACGCCAAGAUCGCGGGUAUGCAGAAAGAUCUCGCGCUCACCGACGAUGGAUACGCAUGGGUGCUUUCGAUCUUCUUCUUUGGGUACCUCAUCUGCGAGGUGCCGUCGAACAUGAUCCUCAGCCGCAGCCGGCCGUCCAUCUUCCUCCCGGGCAUCAUGCUCGUCUGGGGCGCGCUGAGCGCCCUCAUGUCCAUCUCCAAGAGUUACGGUGCGCUGCUGGCGUUCCGGUUCGUCCUUGGGUGCAUUGAGGCUGGCUUCUUUCCCGGCGUUUUGUAUCUUCUGAGCUGUUGGUAUACUAGGACUGAGCUGGGCAAGCGUUUCGCCAUCUUUUACACCGCCGCCGUCCUUUCAGGUGCCUUUGGUGGCCUGCUCGCCGGUGCUAUCACCGCCAACCUGCACGACGCGCACGGCAUUGCGGGCUGGCGCUGGCUCUUCAUUGUGGAAGGCGUGGCGACCGUAGGCACCGCCCUCAUCGCCUUCUUCGUCCUGCUAGACUACCCCAGCACCGCGAAGCAGCUGACCCCGGCCCAGCGGCAGCUCGCGAGCAUCCGCAUCAUCGCGGACGGCAUCGCCUCGGGCGGCCAGAACAAGAAGCGCCUGUCGCACUGGAACGCCUUCGUCGCCGCCGUCUCGGACCCGCGGACGUACGCCUUCAUCCUGCUCUUCAUGCUCGACGUCGGCGCGGGCACAAUCUCCUACUUCAUCCCAACAAUCACCCUCACCCUGGGCUACGACACCGUCACCGCGCAGUACAUGACCGUCCCCAUCUACGCCGUCGCCUCGGUGUGUCUCAACAUCGUCGCCUGGAGCUCCGACCGCCACGUCGAGCGGCGCUGGCACGUUGCGGCGCCGCUGGCGCUGGGCUUCGCGUGCAGUGUCGUGUGCGCCGCCGUGCAGACGCCCAUCGUGCGCUACGUCAUGAUCUGCUUCGUCGCCGCGGGCAUCUGGUCCGCUCUGCCGUUGGUCCUGUCGUGGACGAGCGGCGUCAUCAGCCUGCCUCCCGAGAAGCGCGCCAUCGUGUUGGCCAUGGUCAACGCCUUUGGCAACUUCUCGAGCGUGUACGGCAGCCGCAUCUGGCCCAGCAAGGACUCGCCGGCAUACCACGUGGGGUUCGGAGUCACUGCUGCGUUUCUGGGCGCUGGCAUGAUCAUCGCCGUGUUGAUGCCCAUUUUCGUCAAGUGGGUGGAUUGGCAGGGGACAAAGGCCGAGAGGGAGAUUAUCGAGGACGACCAGGAGUAG